AUGAAGGCUUCAGUCACAGUGCUGCUUUUUUUGACCCUCUUUGGGCUGAAUUUCAGCGUCUACAGAGAUCACUUUUUCGUGAACCACACUGUGUCAUGGAAUGAUGCACAGCAGUACUGCAGACAGUACUAUGAUGACCUGUCCACUGUCAGAGAGAAAGAUUUACAGGUUUUAUCUUCCAAUUCUUUAAUUAAUAGAAAGUAUUUUUGGAUCGGAGUUCAGAGAGACAGUGCACACAUUACCAAAUGGAUAUGGUCUGAAGGCGGAGAAGCAACGAUUACAUUUUGGGAGAAUAAUCAACCUAAUAAUUCUAAUCAAACAUGUGGCGCUAUCAGGAAAGACACAUUUAAAAUGCAUGACAAACACUGCUCUGACAAUUACAAGUUUUAUUGCAUGAAGGUCUAUGAGCUGAUUGUGGUGCAUCAGAAAAGCACAUGGGAAGAGGCACUGGAAUACUGCAGACAAAACUACACUGACCUGGCCAUAAUAAACUCAGAAGACAUUAUGGAAGAAGCGAAGAUUAAUAGCACAGUAGCUGAUACAGAUGAACUGUGGACCGGCCUGCGCUUUCUAGCUGGUGGUUGGUUUUGGGUAAACGGAGUCAGUUUCGAUUAUAACGUCUGGUCUUCGGACGGAGAGUUCCAGUGCCCUGCCAUGAACCAGCGCUGUGGGGUUUAUGACAGAACACAGAAGGUUUGUAAACCUACAGACUGUGAGCGGAGACUCAACUUUCUCUGUGUCAAGGAGAAAAAAAGAUGGAACUGA